AUGCCCUACGCUCGAGUCGGGGUUGUGACGGGCGCCAACAAGGGCGUUGGCAAUGCGAUUGUUCGGCAACUCGCCCUGCAAUAUCCCAAGUCGCGCCUCAACUCUGGUCCAUUCUUGAUCUACCUCACUGCGCGCGAUCAGACAAGAGGCGAGGAGGCGCUGGAAUCCCUACGCCAAGAUCCCCAGCUUUCCCAGGCCGGUGCAUUGUCUUCUGCCGGCGGUCUCUCAGAGAUCAAGUUUCACUCUCUCGACAUCGCCAGCUCGGGGAGUAUCAAUGCGUUCAAAGAGUUCAUCAAGAAGGAGCACCCGGAGGGCAUCGACUUGCUGAUCAAUAAUGCCGGCAUCGCCAUGCAAGGCUUUGAUACGAAUGUGGUCAAGACGACCUUGCGGUGUAACUACUACGGCACGCUGGAGAUGGUCAACACCUUCCUGCCGCUCAUGAAGCCGCUUCCGACCAGCCGCAUCGUCAACGUCGCCUCCAUCUCAGGCGCCCUGGACAAGUACUCGCCGCAGCUGGUGGAGCGCUUCCGCGCCGCCCGCACCGUCGCCGACUCGACCGCCCUCAUGGAGGACUUUACCGACGCAGUCAUCCGCGGCAAGGAAAAGGACGAAGGGUGGCCCAGCGCGGCCUACGCCGUGUCCAAGGCCGGCGUGAUCGCCAUGACCGGGGCCGUCGCCGCCGCCGAGGCGCAGAAGGACAACGGCGUGGUCAUCAACUCGUGCUGCCCUGGCUGGGUCGUCACGGACAUGACAAGGGGCAAAGGAGUCAAGACUCCGGAUCAGGGAGCCCAGACGCCCGUCAUGCUGGCCUUUGGUGACGACGGCGGGCAGACGGGGCUCUUCUGGCGUGACGAGAAGGUCCUGGACUGGUAG